AUGCAGCAAGCAGAGGCUACCAAAAGAAAAUACCACACACCCAGUGAGGCUCCUCCAGUGAAACGGAGGAGCAAAACACCGUUUUUCACAGCCAAGAAAACUGGUGUUACAGAAACUCGAAGGACUCUUAAGGGGAAGGCACAAAAAACGUUUUCUCCAAAGAAGUACUUGGCUGGCACCAGUAAUGUAAACCAAGAGGAGAAGCCAUGCAUUAAGAGUUCUUCAUUGUUUAAAAACAAUCCUGAAAUUCCAGAACUCCACAGACCUGCAGUAAAGCAGGUACAAGAGAAAGUGUUUACUUCAGAUGCUUUUCAUGAACUGGACCUCCACCCACACCUAAUUUCCACAAUAAAUACAGUCUUAAAAAUGUCUAGUAUGACCAGUGUUCAGAAACAAAGUAUUCCUGUAUUGCUGGAAGGCAGAGAUGCUCUUGUGAGAUCCCAGACAGGUUCAGGUAAAACUCUUGCCUACUCUAUCCCUAUGGUCCAGUCCCUCCAAGCAAUGGCAUCAAAAAUACAGCGCAGUGAUGGUCCCUAUGCUCUCGUACUGGUGCCAACAAGAGAGUUGGCUCUACAAAGUUUUGACACUGUCCAGAAACUGCUUAAGCCAUUUACUUGGAUUGUGCCUGGAGUGUUAAUGGGUGGAGAAAAGAGAAAAUCAGAAAAGGCCAGACUCCGCAAAGGAAUAAAUAUCCUUAUCUCAACUCCUGGACGUCUGGUUGAUCAUAUAAAAUCCACAAAGAACAUUCAUUUUAGUCGGAUACAGUGGCUGAUUUUGGAUGAAGCAGACAGAAUCUUGGAUUUGGGUUUUGAAAAGGACAUCACAGUGAUACUCAAUGCUGUAAAUGCAGAAUGCCAGAAACGACAGAAUGUCUUGCUUUCAGCAACACUCACAGAAGGUGUAACAUGGCUAGCUGAUAUCAGUUUGCAUAAUCCAGUCAAUAUUUCUGUACUGGACGAAAGCCAUGACCAGUCAGAACAGAAGGACAAAGCAGCCCAUGAAGUCUUUCAUCCACAGACUAGUGACAAGCUGGACAGCUUUGCGAUACCAGAGAGUCUCUAUCAGCACGUGACAUUAGUUCCCAGCAAACUGAGGCUCGUCUGCCUAGCAGCCUUCAUCCUUCAGAAGUGCAAGUUUGAAAAAAAACAGAAAAUGAUUGUGUUUUUCUCAAGUUGUGAGCUGGUGGAGUUCCACUACAACCUCUUCCUUCAGACCCUGCUGAGCAGCUCAGGGGCCCCAGCAUCAGGGCACUUACCAUCUGCCUCCACGCGAUUAAAAUUCCUACGGCUGCAUGGCAACAUGGAACAGGAGGAGAGAACAGCAGUGUUUCAGGAAUUCUCACAUUCUAAAACAGGCGUCCUUCUUUGCACGGAUGUUGCAGCUCGCGGCUUAGAUCUCCCUCGAGUCACUUGGAUUGUUCAGUACAAUGCUCCAUCUUCACCUGCAGAAUACAUCCACCGGAUUGGAAGAACCGCCCGGAUUGGCUGCCAUGGGAGCAGCCUGCUCAUUUUGGCUCCUUCAGAGGCAGAAUAUGUCAACUCGUUGGCUUCUCACAAAAUCAAUAUUUCUGAGAUUAAGAUGGAAGAUAUUUUGUCUGUUUUGACAAGGGAUGAUUGUUUUAAAAGAAGACGAUGGGGAAACCAGAAAUCCCGGGCUGUUGGCCCCCAGGAAAUCCACGAGCGAGCCACAAUCUUGCAGACGGUAUUUGAAGAUUACGUACACUCCAGUGAAAGGAGAGUCUCCUGGGCAAAGAAAGCUCUGCAGUCCUUCAUCCGAGCCUAUGCAACCUACCCCAGGGAGAUGAAGCACAUCUUCCAUGUCCGAUCCCUCCACCUUGGACAUGUGGCUAAGAGCUUUGGGCUAAGAGAUGCCCCCACAAAUCUUAAUGUCUCAGCUAUGAAGAAGAAGAAGACAAAUCUGAAAAGGCCUGACCUUCAUAGGAAGACGCAGAGGAAACACUGCCUUGCUGAAAUCUUGCGUUCAGAAUACUCAAGCGGGGUAGAGGCUAGCAUCGCCAAGGUCAAAAAGCAGAACAAACGUGGAAAACCCGGCAGCCAGCCACAGCAGAGCAGAACUGCAGGCCUGCGCCCAGCCUUUGUCAUGGGAAAAAAAUAA